AUGAAGGGAUUCACCCACGCCGGCGACGGGACAGAGGUCGCAUGCGCCAGUGACGGGUGGGAGAUCACCCGCGCCAGCGGCGACGACGGGAAGGCGGACGCCUGCAUCCGUGACACCGGCAGGUGGCAUGACAUCCGCGGCGAGUACGGAGAUGCCAGAGCAGACGGCCCCGAGGGUUCAGGUCGACCCGAGGGCAACGCACCCAGGCCAGUCGUCAGGAGGCGUCGGCGUACCGCGGGCCCGGAGGAGUGGCAAGGGCAAGCGCAGCCUGAGUUCUCUGUCGGAGGCCACCUCCAAGGGUCCGGUGCGCCUUGCGCCGACCAAGGCCCUCAAGUUCGGGGCGAGUGCGACGCCGCAUUCGGCGCUGCAGCCCCGACCGGAGGGGACCAGCCCCUUGAGGCGGAGGCCGCUAAGCUCCAAGAGGCGAUGGCUUGGGGGGCCCAGUCGGCCCAGCAGACCCGAGCGCAGGAGAGCGGGAACGAUGCCGGUCAGAGCAGCGCAGCGGCGGCCACUCGGGCCGACACCGAGGAGGUAUCCGGCCGGGGCGGCGCGGGAAAUGCCGCCCGGCCUGAUGUUGAAGUCGAGCCCAGCCAUGGCGAUGCGAAUGACGCCACUCGGACGAAGACGGGGGACGAUGCCGGCCGAGGCGUCGCAGGUGAUGCCGCUCAGCCGGGAGCAGGAGGUGGAGGGAUUGGUGGGGACGCGCAGGAGCGUCCCACCAGCCGAGAAGAGGGAGAGACCCUCGCCCCUGGGCCCUCGGGGGCUGGGGGUAAGGGCGCCACGGUAGCGGCGAUGGCGCCAACAUCGCCAGUGGUGGAAGAGACCCUCGUCCCAGAGCCCACGAAGGCCGGGGACGAAGGCGCCGGAGACCGUGGUGCCAGUGGUGGAGUUGCCGCUGAGUGA